AUGAAUAAUAGGAGAGAAUCAUGGGAAGAAGAGGGAAAAGAAGAUGAGAAUUUGUUUCCAGUGUAUUCUGAAAGGUCGCAGCAAGAUAUGUCAGCCAUAGUUUCUGCACUGACACAAGUCAUGGGAGGCAACAACAACAAUGAACUUCAAGAAGCUUCUUCAAUCCAUAAUAUUAAUGAGCAAUCUCAACAACCACAACAAGAUCAAGGGAGUGAAAGAAAGAGACACUAUAGAGGAGUGAGGCAGAGGCCAUGGGGAAAAUGGGCUGCAGAGAUUCGCGAUCCGAGGAAGGCGGCAAGAGUAUGGCUUGGAACCUUUGAAACUGCUGAGGCUGCAGCUGUUGCCUAUGAUGAAGCUGCACUCAGAUUCAAAGGAAGCAAAGCUAAGCUCAAUUUUCCUGAAAGAGUUCAAAGUUCAGCAGAAUUUGGAUUUCAUCAUUUAGUUUCAUCCACGAAUAACCAGCAACAGUCUAACUCAGUUCCUCUUCCACACUUUUCUCAAGAAGCAUAUUCUAAUCCCUAUCAAUAUGCUGCUGCACAAGCACAACUUCAAGGUGGUGGUGGCAGUAGCAACAUGAAUCAGGAUAUGCUUCGGUAUUAUGGGGGAGACAUGUAUGUUUCUAAUCCUCAGCACUUAUCAACUGCAUCUUCGUCUUCGUCUUCAUCUUCUGGAUUAUCUCAGCAGCAACAAGAGUUUCUGAGAUUGUCGAUGCAAUUUGGAGGCUCUUCUUCUGCUUCUCAGCCUCCAAGGAACUGGAGGGAUGACAUGGAUGGAAGACACUAA